GGCCGAGAUGAUCAGUGAGGCGAGAGGACUCGUUUGAUCCGGAGAUCAAACGAUCAAGACAGGGGAUUCACUCUUGAGCGAAGGGGCUUUGAGAAGUGAGAGUUCGGGGAGCAGGUUCAGUGAGGGGGGUUAGUCGGCGAUAGUUGUACUGGGGUCCAUUGGAAGUAAAGGAUCGGAAAGCCCAGGUGAUGGAGAAGGCUCGGGGUUCUGCCAUGGAGAGGGCAAGAGCUUUGGGAAGGAGGUUGCCUCCAUCAGUGGGUUUGCUCGUGUGUAUCCUGGGACAGCAGGCAUUGCCGUGUGUUGUGGGGAGUAAGUGACAACAAUGGAUAUUCUUUAUUUAGCACAGUGUUCGGUCCGCGGUAAUGCUCAAUUAGCAUGCAUUGCUGUCAUCAGUAUUAUGAGAGGAGGUAGAAGAACAGAAAGGCAGCAGCGAGGCUAUAGUGAGGAGGUGUCAGAAGGAAAAAGGUAGAGAGGGUGAAGAACGACCAGAAAUGGGAUGGAAUUUCCGUGAUGGGAGAUAGUGUGGGUUCAGGGGAAGUAGGUGAAAGAAGCGGCCAAGAAAGUCUUCUAGAAAGGAGACUUUGUGACCAUGAAAGGAAUAGGGGACGUGGGGGCACAAGCCAGCCCCUUCUCUGAAGGGCAGCCCUGACUUCAUCUCUCAGGCUCUCAUCUGUCAGCUGGAGAAAGACUACAUUUUCAGUGCCUCUGGGCUACUCUGCUUAGCUGAGGGGCUUUGGGCACCACCAGAAGAUGCCUCUGCCACCUGCCUGCUCCUCCUGACCCUCCAGGUUUCUGCCACACUGCCCCAUGGAGGAUGUGCCCACCUCACUCAGCUGCUGUGACUGUCAGCACCACUUUCCUAGUGUCCUGGAACUGUCAAAACACCGUGAACUGCUCCAUCCAUCCUCCAGCCAGGACAGUGAGGAGGCUGAUAACAUCCCUCCGCCCUACCGCUGUCAGCAGUGUGGGCAGGGCUACCGUCACCCAGGAAGCUUGGUCAACCACCACUGUACCCAUGAAACUGGCCUUUUCCCCUGUACCAGCUGUGGCAAGGACUUCAUCAAUCCCAUGGCCCUCAAGAGCCACAUGAGGACUCAUGCUCUUGAGGGAAGCCCCAAGGAAGCCACUCCACGCCUCCAGGGGGAGACAGUGUCCACUGACUCUUGGGGCCAGAGGUUUGGCCAUAGGGAAAGCUGGGAGAAUCAGAAAAAACAUGCCGAAGAGACACCUGGCUGUGAUUCUGGGCCUGACCCCAGGGCAGCUCUGGACACCUGGGAAGAUCCACCCAUCAGACAAAGAGGAGACUGGGAAAGCCAGCCAAAUCCUGAGGAGGGUGCGGAGGGCUGGGGGUCCAUCACCAACUCUGCCAGGGCCCCGCUGCUCUCCACUCCAGCCAGCAGCCUCCUUAGCAACUUGGAACAGUAUUUGGCUGAGUCAGUGGUGAAUUUCACAGGGGGUCAGGAGCCCACCCAGUCCUCGCCUGCAGAGGAGGAACGGCGGUACAAGUGUGGUCAGUGUGGCAAGACUUAUAAGCACGCGGGGAGCCUCACCAACCACCGCCAGAGCCACACCCUGGGCAUCUACCCUUGUACCAUUUGCUUUAAGGAGUUCUCUAACCUCAUGGCUCUGAAGAACCACUCCCGACUCCAUGCCCAAUAUCGGCCUUACCAAUGUCCCCACUGCCCCCGUGCCUUUCGGCUGCCCCAAGACCUGCUGGAACACCAGCAAUCCCAUGAGGGAGAAAGACAGGAGCAGCCGUGGGAAGAGAAAGGGAUGCCCACCACCAAUGGGCACACAGACGAGAGCAGCUGGGAUCAGCUCCCUAGUACACCGAUGCUGAACGGCUCUGGGGAACUCAGCGUCUCUGGGGAGCUGGAGGACAGUGGGCUGGAGGAGUACCGACCUUUCCGCUGUGGGGACUGUGGCCGUACUUACCGCCAUGCUGGGAGCCUUAUCAACCAUCGCAAGAGUCACCAGACAGGUGUCUAUCCUUGCUCCAUCUGUUCCAAGCAGCUGUACAAUGCAGCUGCUCUCAAAAACCAUGUGCGCGCUCAUCACAGACCCCGGCAAGGAGCUGCAGAGGAUGGGCAGCCAUCCGAGCUGCCACCUCCUUUGCCUCUGACGGAGACCACCCACAAAGAGAGAGAGGUUCCCACCGCCACCCUGGACCACCGCCCCUAUAAGUGCAAUGAAUGUGGUCGGGCUUACCGCCACCGGGGGAGCUUAGUGAACCACCGCCACAGCCAUCAGACAGGAGAGUACCAGUGCUCGCUCUGUCCCCGCAAGUACCCCAACCUUAUGGCCCUGCGCAACCACGUGCGGGUCCAUUGCAAGUCUGCUCGUCGCAGCACAGGCCCAGGGGCUGAAGGUCCCCCCAGCCACCUCAAGGUGGAGUCUGACUCAGUGGGAGCAAAGGCAGCCCCAUGUACAGAUCAAGGGACUGGGUGCAAACAAGAAGAGAAGGCCACUGAUGUCCCCCCAGUAGCAGAUACGACAGCACCACAGAUACGCGACAUGCGUGGAAUGCUCUUUGAAGAUCCUGAGAGCCUUAAGCAUCACAGCCGGACCCAUGGAGAAGGGGGAAAUAGCAGGACAGAGGCCAGGGUGUCACCUCCUCGGGCAUUUGCCUGCCGGGACUGUGGAAAGAGCUAUCGCCACUCAGGCAGCCUUAUCAACCACAGGCAGACCCAUCAGACGGGGGACUUCAGCUGCGGGGCCUGCACCAAGCACUUCCACACCAUGGCUGCCAUGAAGAACCAUUUACGACGCCACAGUCGGCGGAGGAGCAGGCGGCCCUGGAGGCGGACUGGCAGUGCUGGGGGUGGGGGAGAAGCCCAACUCCCUUCUGGUGGGAACUGGGCCCAGGAGUUGGUAGAAGACAAUGAGGGCCCGGACUGUCCCCAGGGCCCUUCAGAGGAAAGUCCUAGUGGAGCCGAAAGCAACUUGGAAAGUGAUGGGGGCUCUUUGCAGGCUCAUGCUGAAAGAGACAAAUGUGAGCCUGAAAGGGAUGAGGCCUGUUUCCACGGUGAUAAAGAGAGCAGAGGUCCUGAGGAAGGACUAGAAAGGAAGGAGGCCUGCUUUCUUGACAACUUGGAAAUGCCAGGUGAUGAGGAAAGCAAUGGGACACACUUCUGCGAUGGCCUCCCUGGGGUGGAUGAAGACCAGAAACCAGCCACUGGCCAGCCCAGCUCUUCCCACUCCGUUGAAGCUGUCACUAGCUGGCAGGCUGAGGUCUCCCACACAUGUUCUGACUGUGGGCAUUCGUUCCCCCAUGCCACUGGCCUGCUGAGCCACAGGCCCUGCCACCCACCAGACAUCUAUCAGUGCUCCCUCUGCCCGAAGGAGUUUGACUCUCUGCCUGCCCUGCGCAGCCACUUCCAGAACCACAGGCCUGGGGAGGCAGCCCCAGCACAGCCUUUCCUCUGCUGCCUCUGUGGCAUGAUCUUCCCUGGGCGGGCUGGCUACAGGCUUCACCGGCGCCAGGCUCAUGACUCCUCUGGACUGACUGAGGGCUCGGAGGAGGAGGGGGAAGAUGAGGCAGCAGCAGUGGCAGCCUCCACCCAUAGUACCCCACUACAGCUCUCAGAAACAGAGCUGUUGAAUCAGCUGCAGCGGGAGGUGGAGGCAUUGGAUGGAGCCGGUUAUGGGCACAUCUGUGGCUGCUGUGGUCAAACCUAUGAUGACCUAGGGAGCCUGGAGCGUCACCACCAAAAUCAGAGUUCUGGGAACACGACAGACAAGGCUCCCAACCACUUGGGAGAGUCGGGUGAUACCACGGAAACGGUUGCAGAUGGCGUCUUUGAGGGCACAGUGACUUCUCUCCCUGCAGAAGGUGGAGACACAAAGUCUGGAGAGGGAGUAGGUGCCCGAGUCGCAGACAGCCUCUGCGUGCAGGGCCGGGAAAGUUCCCUGGAGGAUCAGCCCCGCCCCUUCCGCUGCAAUCAGUGCGGCAAAACCUAUCGCCAUGGGGGCAGCCUAGUGAACCAUCGCAAGAUCCACCAGACUGGAGACUACAUCUGCCCUGUCUGCUCCCGCUGCUACCCCAACCUGGCUGCCUACCGCAAUCACCUGCGAAACCACCCACGCUGCAAAGGCUCUGAGCCCCAGGUGGGGCCCGCCCCACAGGCCGGAGGUGGCAGUGAGCCCCAGAACAUGGUAGAGGAGGGGCUGGGGCAGGCGGAAGUGGAGAAGCUCCAGGAGGAAAUUAAAAUAGAGCCCCCAGAGGAGGUGGCAAGGGUGAAAGAAGAGCCGUGGAAGGAGCCCACUCUGAAGGGGGAGGAGAUGGGGCUGAGGUUGGAGACUGCGGAGAAGGGCUGCCAGACCGAGGCCAGUUCUGAGCGGCCCUUCAGCUGCGAGGUAUGUGGCCGGUCAUACAAGCACGCCGGCAGCCUCAUUAACCACCGGCAGAGCCACCAGACCGGCCACUUUGGCUGCCAGGCCUGCUCCAAAGGCUUCUCAAACCUCAUGUCCCUCAAGAACCACCGGCGCAUCCACGCAGAUCCCCGGCGUUUCCGCUGCGGGGACUGUGGGAAGGCGUUCCGCCUGCGGAAACAGCUGGCUAACCACCAGCGGAUCCACCUCGAGCGGGGUGGGGGUGGGGGCACCCGAAAACUGGCUCGGGAAGAUUGGCCCUUCCGGUGUGGGCAGUGUGGGCGGAGCUACCGCCAUGCCGGCAGCCUCCUGAACCACCGGUGCAGCCCUGAGACGGGCCCGUACAGCUGUCCCACCUGUCCCAAGACCUACUCCAACCUCAUGGCCUUGAAGGACCACCAGAAGCUACACGCAGAGAGCCGGCGGCGGCGAGCAGGGCGGGCCCGGCGGGCAGCUGUCCGCUGCGCCCUCUGUGGCCAGGGCUUCCCGGGCCGGCGUUCUCUGGAGCGGCACUUGCGAGAGCAUGAGGAGGAGACCAAAAGUGGUCAGGGAGGUCCUGGAGGCACAGAGGGCAGCAAGGGGAACCUCGCUGACGACAAGGGACUGGAGGACAGAUCUGGUGGUACUGAGUCAGUUCCCCAGCUGCAGCGUGGAGCCAGGAGGCCAGGGGAGCAGAGUCAUAGCCCCAGCAGGUCAGCAGGUUCAGAAGCCACAGAGCCAGUACCCUGGGGCAUGGGGCAAACGGAUGGAUGGCAAGGAGAUAGGGGACCGGUGAAUCAUGAUGGAGAUUGGGUUCCUCAGGGUCAUGUACUGACCAAGCCAGAAGAGGAGUCAGCAGACAGUGUCCCCAUAAGUUCUUGCCACCUUGGCAACAGCCAGCCCAAUGGACCUAGUCAUGUGGACAGCUGGGACAAUAGAGACAGCACCCCUCAGCUCCAACCAGAGAGCCACCCCUUUUCCUGCUGCCGUUGUGGUAAGACCUGCCAGUCGGAAGGCCCCUUGAACCACCACACCCAUAAGGCAGACUGCCACUAUUGCCUGCUCUGCUCCAAGGAGUUCCUGAAUCCUGUGGCCACUGAGAGUCACAGCCACAACCACGUAUCUUCCCAGACCUUUGCCUGCCCUGACUGUGGCAAAACCUUUCCGUUCCAACAUGAACUAGCCAGCCACCUGCAAACUCAUGCCAAGGGCCUCAGUCAGGUGCCACCCCAGAUAGAGGAGGCCAGAGGCCCCAAAGCUGGGACUGUGGAGGAUGAGGUAGAUGUCGCUGGUCAAGGGAAAGCCCAGAAGGCCCCAACAGAUCCCCCCCGGGCCCCAGGAGAGAAUACUGAGAGAGCUAAAGAAGGGCAGGGAGUAAAGUCCACAGUGGCUGAAGAUGAGGACCGGCCCUUCCGCUGUGCCCAGUGUGGGCGUUCAUACCGCCAUGCCGGUAGCUUGUUGAACCACCAGAAGGCCCACACCACUGGACUCUAUCCUUGCUCCCUCUGUCCCAAACUUCUACCCAACCUGCUUUCCCUUAAGAACCAUGGCAGGACCCACACGGACCCCAAACGCCAUCGCUGCAGCAUCUGUGGCAAGGCCUUCCGGACAGCUGCCCGGCUGGAGGGCCACGGGCGGGUCCAUGCACCCCAGGAGGGGCCCUUCACCUGCCCCCAUUGUCCCCGCCAUUUCCGCCGCCGCAUCAGCUUUCUGCAGCACCAGCAGCAGCACCAGGAGGAACGGACAGUGGCCAACUCUGGAGCCUCAAAGGCACCAGCAGCGGGCCUGUCAUUGCCCCCUCCACCCACCCCCACGACCCCACUUCUGGACCCUUCACCCCAGUGGCCUGCAGAUCUCAGCUUCUCCCUCUGAACUUCAAUUCUCCAAAGAUCAAUACAGGGCAAGAGUGCAGGUUGCAGGGAAAGGUUUGACCUCCAUGUUCUACUCAGGAGUAGUUUGGGCAUCCCCAUCUCUCCUCUCCCCUGGCUUCUCUCCCACGUCCCUGUCCGUGAAGGGCCUCCUUCCCCAGCCUUGGUCACCAUGCAAUUCAUUAUGCUCGUCCCACAAGAAACCUGGUGCCAGGGUGUGCGGGAUGCGGGGCUACCCUCACCACCCUCACCCACCGGGUUCCAACACCAGGGAGGCAGAUUCAGAGAGAGCCAGGGAUAGGAAUGUUGCCUGUGGAGGGGGGAGGGGGGGCUUUUGCUACAAUUUGUAACUUAUUUUCUAAAGUCUAUUUUGUAACAAUUUAUUUAAGUUUAAAAAAAGGAAAAUUGCACCACCAGUCCCCUUCCCCCGCCAAAAAAGAACAUUUUCCAA